GGGAAAAAGAGGUGAACAGUAGAUGGCGAGUCAAUCUGAUUCUCCGCCAAAUCCCAUAGAUGAAAAGCCCCAAAACCUAGUUUCACAGGUUUCACAAGCAGCAGUAGAUGAUCGUCAAAAUGCCAAGGCAGAGACUGCAAAGGAGAGUUCUCCAACUUCUGUAUUUGUGAACUCAGAACCAAUUAGAGAGGAUCAAGUGCAAAAUGCUGUAAAGUUUCUUUCACAUCCUAAAGUUAGGGGAUCUCCAGUGAUUUAUAGAAGAUCAUUUCUUGAAAGGAAGGGACUCACAAAAGAGGAGAUAGAUGAAGCCUUCCGUCGUGUUCCAGAUCCAACCCCAGCUGUUACAGCUUCAGAGCCAGUUGCCACUAAUCAGGAUGGGCAACUAAAAUCUUCAUCAAAUAUUCAAUCGCAAGCCCCGACACAAACUCUGCAGCCUGGACCAGUUGCACCUGCAGGAAGCAUUUCAAAAAUGGGGACAUUCUCUCGAUUCCACUGGUCUCAUGCGCUUCUUGCUGUAGGGUUUCUUGCUGUUUCAGGAGCUGGAACAGCGGUACUUUUCAAGAAUUCAAUCGUUCCAAGGUUGAAAGCUUGGAUGCGUAAGGUUGUACUAGAAGAAGAAGAAGAA